UCAGUUUUUUUAGUUUGUCUUUUUUUUCAGGCAGCGGAGUGAUUGCAUGCAGGUGGACGGAGGGGUUGAGUCGUGCACUGUCAGAGGGGAAGACUGGAGUGGUUGUUUCUCUCUACCAUUCUCUCUCUGUUUCUCUCUCGGUCUGGUCUGCGUCUUCUGCCUACGUCCGUCAGAAGAACAUUAAGACACACCUGGGAAGUCUUUGGAAGCCGUGAGCAGAAGGAGAGAGGCUUCUGUUUCCCUUCGCGGACAACCUCUUCACUCCUGUACGGCUCCUCAGCGCCAUGAACAAGAUGAAGAACUUUAAGCGACGUUUCUCUCUGUCCGUCCCUCGCACCGAAACCAUAGAGGAGAACGAGUUCACCGAGCAAAUCAACCAGCUCAACAUCCAACACACUCAGGCACUGACUCCAGACAGCCUGACCCUGCCUUCGCUGCACCCCGAGGCCAGUCCCAGUCCAGUGAGCCCUGAGCCAGCCACGCCCGGAGCACAGUCCCCCUCCUAUCUCCAGUACCGCAGCAAAGCACCACACCGACACUUCUCUAUGGUGGAUGUGAGUAAGCGUAUGUCUCUGCCCAUGGACAUCCGCCUGCCUCCAGAGAUCCUCAAGAAGCUGCAGAUGCAAAGAGAAAUGGAGAUUGAGAACAACUCUCCUCCCUGCAAACCCCUCAGCCGCAUGUCCCGACGGGCUUCACUGUCUGACAUUGGCUUUGGAAAGCUGGAGACGUAUGUGAAACUGGGAAAACUGGGAGAGGGGACGUACGCCACGGUUUUUAAGGGGCGGAGCAAACUGACGGAGAACCUGGUGGCGCUGAAAGAGAUUAGGUUAGAGCAUGAAGAGGGAGCGCCCUGUACAGCUAUCAGAGAAGUGUCUCUACUGAAGAACCUAAAACAUGCCAACAUUGUCACGCUGCAUGACAUCAUACACACAGAACGCUCCCUCACUCUAGUCUUUGAGUACCUGGACAGUGAUCUGAAACAGUACCUGGACAACUGUGGAAACCUCAUGAGCAUGAACAACGUUAAGAUCUUUAUGUUCCAGUUGUUACGUGGUCUGUCCUACUGCCAUAAGAGGAAGAUCCUUCACAGAGAUCUGAAACCUCAGAACCUGCUAAUCAACGACAAGGGAGAGCUCAAACUAGCCGACUUUGGUCUGGCCCGGGCCAAGUCUGUGCCAACUAAGACCUACUCCAACGAGGUGGUGACUCUAUGGUACCGCCCCCCUGAAGUACUGCUGGGUACCACAGAGUACUCUACACCCAUCGACAUGUGGGGCGUGGGCUGUAUUCUAUUUGAGAUGGCAACGGGUCGUCCCAUGUUCCCCGGCUCCACAGUGAAGGAGGAGCUGCACUUGGUCUUCAAACUCAUUGGUACCCCAACAGAGGACAGCUGGCCAGGUAUCUCCAAUAAUGAUGAGUUCAGAUCCUACAUGUUCUCCCAGUACAGACCUCAACCACUCAUCAACCACGUGCCCAGGCUGGAUACUGAGGGGAUUGACAUGCUUACUGCUCUACUCCUGUAUGACACUAGGACCAGAGUCUCAGCUGAAGCAUCUCUAAGACACCCCUACUUCCUCAGCCUGGGAGAGAACAUCCACAGCCUCGCAGACACCUCCUCAGUGUUUUCCCUCAGAGAGAUUAAACUGCAGAAAGACCCAGGCCACCGCAGCUCAGUGUUCCAGCCUCCAGGUCGGGGGAAAAACAGAAGGCAGAGCAUAUUCUAAAGGACGACCAGCCAGAGGAGUGCAGACAGGGUGAGACUAUUCUGAGAGAAAGCCUCAAGGAGGAAUUGGCUUUAAAGACAAACACACACCAAUCCCCCAUACAAACACAAAUACAAACAUCCAGGUCAUAUCCAGAGCCCUAUACUACGAAUGUAGUUUGAGGAGUUAGCGAGGUCACUUGGGUCAACUCUGAGUUCAACUUGGGAUAACUGGUACCACGAAAGUGGCACACCUUUUAGCCAGGUACAUUUUUAUGCCAACAAAUCCUUCAGAUCUAACCUGCUCCGGGACAGGCUAACUCAGAGCCGUGUGUUGAGGACCAAUGAAAUCAGAUUCCCUCCCUCUCACAAAGAUUGUAUCAUCAUCCACUUCAUUUGAGGAAGACAACUGAUGAAAUACUUUAUUCAUCAAAUGUGUUUGUGCAUGUAAAAAAAAUAGUAAUGUUAAAAUACCUAUCACAUUACGCAUUUUAUUAAUGACAAAUGCAUUUGAAACUUCACGCACAGUAAAACUUUUGUAUGACUUUAUAAAAUGAUUUUAUUGAUAGGAGUGGGGGAAAAAGGUGCUUGUGCAUUUAUAACCACACCAAAUAAAUAAAAACUUCACUUCUAAAAGUCGAUUUCAAAUAAUAGCCUGCUGAAUUUGCUAGAUAACUCUUCAUUUAUUUUGAUUUUGGCACAAAUGAAAAUGUGGCACUGACUUGCCCAUGAAUUUAUGUUUCAGCAUUGUCUCAAUGAAGAGUUUCGGUGUUCGACUAGCCACAUGCACACGCAGUUACAACCCUGCUAGAGUUAGCGGCAGGCAGACGAGCAAUAUCCACCAUCGUAGUACGGUUGAAGCCCGAGCUGGAAUGGAAGCUAAUUGAAGCUGGCUAGCUUCAGAAAACACUCAGUAGAUACAGUGCAUUCGGAAAGUAUCCCUUGACUUUUUCCACAUUUUGUUACAUUACA